GCUUCAUAUUAUGACGUAUCUAUAGCACGUUACGCGGUCGUUAGUCAGCUGUGAACGAGCGACAGCGCGUGACGUAUAUUUGUCGUCACGCGCUGUCCGCUUUACGUAAAAUGCCGUCUUGUGUGGUAAAGUUUUGUAGAAACAAUAGCACACAUCAAACAAAAUCCCUCGGGGUUACAUUUCACAGAUUCCCACCAGAGACGGAUUGGAAAGAGAAGUGGAUUAAAGCGUUACGAGAUAAUAGAAAGGAAGAAGAAUGGACGCCAUCAAAAUUCAGCGUAGUGUGUUCAUUACAUUUCUUAGAAUGUGAUACGUAUAUGACCAAAGGUGGUUACCGUAAAAUUAAAAAAGAUGCUGCGCCUAAAAAGAUGUUCCUUAAAGACUCCGAGUGGUUUGAUAAAAUAGAGAAACCACAAAUUGAACAUGUGUGUGUUCAAAACGAGGCACAAAAAGAACAAGAGACACAAAAGGAUUCAUUAAUACCGGAUCUUGAUAUUGAAGAGAUUGACCUCAUAAGUACGGAGUGGUGUCAAGAAAUGGAGGAAUUGGGUAUUACUACAGAAUCUUUAUCUGCUUUACUUGAUGAGUGUUACAGUGAUAUCGAAAAUGAAUUUGAUGACAUUGACACUCAAGAACCGAACGCCGUAGAAGACCAAAAGAAUGACCCUUACACUAAUGAGAAUAAGGAAUGCGAUUGCAAAAAGAAGAAAAAGAAACUUCGCAAGAAAAGGACGCUACAGGAACUGAAAGAGAGGUUCAAGGUGUCUUAUAAAAUUCGAGUAAAGAAAAGUAAAUUGCAACUUUUAAGGGAGAAAUUAACAGCCUUGAAAAGGACGAUGCGACGCUAAAGAUUGAUUUAAAAGACUUGAACGAAGAAGAAAGAGGGG